CCGUCGCUCUGAACCUGAGUCCUCGCCGGCGAUUGGUGGGCAAAGCCUUCUUUUCCAUUUUUUUUAACUGAGCUUUCAGAGAGAAAAUACAGUCAGUUUCUGUUGUUUUUUGGUGGCACUGAGGGUAAUACUGCUGGAGGAUGGCUAAUAAUCCCCACUAUCCUGGCAUUCAGCCAUUCCAGCAUCCGAAUGCCAGCUCCAUAGAUUUACCUCGAGGCUUUGCUCCAUCCAUGAAUAUUCAGCUUCGUCCUACCAUUCAAGCUCAGCAGCCUGAGCAAGUUGCUCGUUUGGCUUCGCAAAAUUUUCAAUGUGUUGGGAGAGGUGGCACAACGAUAAACACUGGAUUUCCACCUCAAUCUUAUGCGCCUCAGUUAUUACAACCAAUGCACCAUUCGCUUGAAAGACAUAGCCAACCAAAUCAGGUGCAACAUGUGACACUAGGACAUCCGUCUCUAAUUUCACAGCCAAAUGUGUCAAUUGCCUCUGGUACCUUCUUGCCGGAGCCUUGUGUACAAACUUCAGAUAUUAGUAUGAAUGGGGGACCUAGGGAAUUCUUUCGGUAUCCGAGUGCCACACCUUUCGAACAUCUGAGGGCACCAAGUCAAGCCACUGGACCAAGCAGUCAUAGUCAGGCACAACAAAGAGAACCUAUCAGUCAGGCUAAUGCACCAUUUUCUGUAAUGAAUCCAACAUUUGAACAUCCAAAGGUAGUUUUUUCUCAACCUAUACCUUCUCAAGAGGUUGUAACAGAUUGGGUUGAGCAUACCUCGGCGGAUGGGCGGAGAUAUUUUUUCAACAAGAAGACGAAGCAGUCCACUUGGGAGAAGCCUGUUGAGUUGAUGACUCUAUUUGAGAGAGCAGAUGCAAAAACUGACUGGAAAGAACAUUCAAGUCCUGAUGGAAGAAAGUAUUUUUACAAUAAGGUUACCAAGCAAUCAACAUGGACAAUGCCUGAGGAGAUGAAGAAUGCUCGUGAACAAGCAGAAAAGGCAUCUGUUCAAGGGCUUCAUGCAGAAGGCGUUGUUGAUGAUCCUAAGGUGCUGUCUAGUUCUGAUACAGCAUCGACUGCAGCUCCGACUAGUUUACCAAGCCAAACAUCAUCUACACUUCCAACAUCUGAUACCAGUGAGAAACUAGCUCUUACUUCUGAUUGGCAGCAGGUCGCUUCAGUCCCUGGAAGCUCUUCCUCGGUUGCAAAUGUUGAUCAAGUUCAGGCAAUUGCAGAUAAAACACCAGAAUUGUGUGAUACUGCAAAAACUGAUAAUCCUUCUGCCACUGUGAUGAUUAGUUCUGCUGCUACAUUGGUUGACAAGGAAACAGUAUCAACCGAGAACAGUGGAAAUGCAGAUGACGUGUCAGCUAAAAACUCAAAUCAAGGUAGUGGGGCUGGACCAAAAGAAAGCCAAAAAGAUGUGGUGGAUAGUGAAAGAGUUGACAGCCAGUCGGAAGGAAAACAAAUUCAUCAAGAGAAUUUUUCUUAUACCAACAAAUCGGAAGCUGUAGAUGUCUUCAAAUCACUUUUGAAAUCUGUCAAUGUUGGAUCUGACUGGACAUGGGAGCAGGCCAUGAGAGAAAUAAUUAAUGAUAGACGAUACGGGGUUCUGAGGACUCUUGGAGAGCGGAAGCAAGCCUUCAAUGAGUUCUUAACUCAAAUGAGAAAAGCAGCAGAGGAAGAAAAGAUAGCCAGACAGAUAAAACGAUAUGAAGAUUUUAAAACGAUGUUAGAGGAAUGCGUGGAGCUUACUCCUUCUACUCGGUGGAGCAAAGCCGUGACUAUGUUGGAAGACGAUGAGCGUUUCAAAGUUGUUGAACGAGUAAAAGACCGUCGUAAUAUUUUUGAAGAUCAUAUCAGUGAUCUAAAGGAGAAGGAGCGGGUGAAAGCUCUUGAGGAUCGCAAGCGGAACAUAACUGAAUACAGGAGAUUUUUGGAAUCUUGUAGUUUCAUCAAGCCUACUAGCCAAUGGCGCAAAGUCCAGGACCGCUUAGAAGCGGAUGAAAGAUGUUCACGUCUUGAGAAAAUUGAUCAGCUAGAAAUCUUUCAGGAGUAUCUGCGGGAUCUGGAAAGAGAAGAAGAGGAGAAAAAGAAGAUACAAAAGGAGGAACUAAAAAAAGCAGAGCGAAAGCAUCGUGAUGAGUUCCGUUGUCUGAUAGAUGAACAUAUUGCUACAGGAGAGCUUACUGCCAAAACUAGUUGGCGUGAUUAUUUAACAAAGGUCAAAGAUUUACCGGUAUAUUUAGCAAUUGCAUCGAACUCCUCUGGAGCUACACCAAAAGACUUAUUUGAAGAUGCUGUUGAGGAUUUGAAAAGAAAGUAUCAGGAGCUCAAAUCUCAGAUAAAGGACGUAUUGAAGCUGAGAAAGGUAACGUUAUCCGCUGGAUCAACGUUUGAUGAGUUCAAAGUCUCGGUUUCUGAGGGCAUCGGUUCCCCAUCUAUUCCUGACGUUAAACUGAAGUUAGUGUUUGAUGAUUUGCUGGAAAGGGCAAAGGAGAAGGAAGAGAAGGAAGCUAGAAAACAGACUCGGAAUACUGAGAAAUUGGUGGAUAUACUUCGCUCCUUCAAGUAUAUAACUGCCUCUUCAUCCUGGGAGGAUUCUAAGCAUCUUGUUGAAGGUAGUGAAAAGUUCCGUAAUAUAGGAGACGAGAGCUUCCGGAAGAAGACAUUCGAGGACUACGUGUUACACCUCAAAGAGCAAGCAAAAAGGAUCAAACAGAACAAGAAGGAACAUGUUAGAGAGGAACAUGACAAGGGGAAUGAUAGAUACGGAAGAGAGAAAGACAGAGUGCGAGAAAGAGAUAAUGAAGAUCAUCGUAGGAGAGGUUCAGUUGAUAAUCACAACCAUGAUGUGAACGAACUCCAUGGUAAAGAACGUAGAAGAUCAGGAAGAGAUAGUUACAGUAGACAUCGAGAAAGACACACUACUGUGCAGGAAUUUGAAACCGACCAUUACAAAGAAUCUCAUAAAGCUGGUGGUGGGCAUAAGAAAUCAAGACAAGAGCGAGGGGAAGCAGAGGACGAAAGCAGGAAAAAGCGGCGUAGAAAUGAGAAAGAGAGUGAGCAAACAAAGGGUGCGGAAAAGGAAGAGGAGCUUGAAGAUGGAGAAUGUGGUCGGUAUUGAAAACCUUAUGUGACAUCAUGUUUGGAGAUCUUGAGGCUUUUAACUUACUUGGGUUGAGUUUCUCAUUAUAAACUCUUUUAGUUACAAACAAAUGAUCAUGUCGGGCUACAGCUUUAACUUAAUGAGAAAUUGAUGGGUAGGAGUUUUACCUUUUUUUUAUAACAUUUUGUUGUAUAACCGUUUUUGUUGAAUACAUUGGUCCGGUGGCGUUGUCAAGGUUCAGU